GGUUACACAAGGGCUGCGUGUGCUGUCCCUUGAUUCUCCUCAUCCACGCGAACACACCCACGGACAGGCCAGCACAGUACGGGGAGCACAACAACGACAACAACUCAAUCGCCGACAACAACUGAUGGCUUCCUAACCACAGGGUGUGGACAAGACUUACAGGAUCAAGCCUGACAUUUCACUGCAAUAGCGGUGUAACCUCUUCACCUGGAACAUCAACGUCUACAAUGCCAUUACCGACUACUAAGAUGUCGACAUGGAAGGAAAUAUCUUCGAUUGUGUAUGAGGAAGAGACAUCCACAGUUUGGUCCUCACCCAUCGUUACAAUAACAACAUUGCGACAAAUACCCAAACGGCUAACAACCCCAGGCGCCACCACCCCGGGUGGCGUGACUUCCCUUCAGACGUCAGACAUCACCCUGGUGGUGACACAAGACAGCGGGGACACAGGUGUAGAUGCGUCCACCCGUUACAUUAUCGCCGGCGUGUGUGUUGGCGUCGUCGUGCUCAUCGCUGCAGUUGUCGGCCUUGUUUUCUUCAUCAGAAGGUCUAAGACGAUCUACGACUCUCUCGGACCCAGGGUGCCCCACUCACCAGGUGUUCAGACAGGAGAUGCUGACCACCUGUACGAUGUGUUGCAGCCUGCGGGAAUGUCCAGCCUCCAGCAUUCAGCAACAGCAGGAGAAGAUAACCCGGGACUCCACGGCAGCCAACAGUUGAACGUCCAGGAUCCAAACGAUCGAGAGGAAGAAGCUGUUGUCCCGACAAGCCACACACAGGCAUACGAAAAUGUCAGUAUGAGUCUGUUGACGGAGGCAGGAAGUGAACCUUGUCAGACUGAUCCCCAGUCCAUCAACGGUCCACCUCUGACGGAGCAAGGAAAGAUAACUGUGUGUAACCGACUGUCGUGACACCAACAGAAAGAUGGACUUCAUUCCUAACUUGAAGACUGCUAAAGAUGGCGAUUGUCACCUGGUUUACCGACACUCACACGCAGUCACUUAAUUUUAUUGGACUUUAUUUACUUUGUCAGGAUUAUAAACUCUUAUUUGUUUAUAAAUAAAAACAUUUCAACCAAGUAAAUAUGGUUAAGUCGAUGGUUUCUCAU